UGACGUUUGGUGGCAGACUGAUGAUUUGCUUACUUGAAGCAGGGCUGAGUUUGGAGCGGGUACUGUGAAAUGUGUAAGCAUGAGGUUGCCUGGAUAAUCAGCGGAGGACUUUAGAAAACGGAGAGCUACAACCGGCUGAAGGUGAGAAGACGAAGGCAGGACAGCCACACCUCAUGCGUGGGUUCAGCAAAGGCCCGAGUGGACACUGCUCUGACAAACAUGGGUGUUCUCCAGCUCAACAACCCCACUCACUCCGGCACGCUCCUGCAGCGGGCCAAUCAGAUGCGCCUGACUGGCACCUUGUGUGACGUGAUCAUCACUGUGGACGGCCAGGAGUUUCCGGCGCACCGCACCGUCCUGGCCUGCACCAGCAAGAUGUUUGAGAUCCUUUUCCACCGGAGCAGCCUGCGCUAUGCCCUAGACUUCCUCUCUCCUAAGACCUUUCAGCAGAUCCUCGAGUACGCCUACACCGCCUCCCUCCAGGCCACGGCCGAGGACCUGGACGACCUACUAUAUGCCGCAGAGAUCUUAGAGAUAGAGUACCUGGAAGAGCAGUGCCUGAAGGUGCUCGAGACCAUCCAAGCGGAGGAAACCGAAGAGGUGGCAUUGAGGAAUCACAGCUCUGGAGAUCAUGGCGAUCACGGUCGGGCCAGGCACUGGAGGCAUAUGUUGAUGUCCAAGAAGCAUUCCUUACAGGAUGGAACAAAAUGCGGCACUCCCACUGCCCUCCACCACUUGGCUCUGUACCACAUGGCGGAAAGAACGUCGCCGGGUCCGGAGUGUGAUGCAGCUCCUCAACGGCGUCCCAAACUAGACGCUGAGGUUGACAUGGAAAGCUCCCAGCAGGUUCGCGACAACUCGCCCCUGGAUCCUGCCAGAAGUAUCAAAUCAGAGCGUAUGCAUGUAGAUGAGAACGAAACCUGUGAGGGAAAGUCAUCCAGCGCAGGGGAGGCAACUGGCACGUCUGAGCAGCCGAGAGACGAGGGCCCGGGGACGCCCCUCAGAGGCAGCGUGAUCACCAGCGCCCGAGAGCUGAACACGGGCUCCGAAGACGGGGGACAAGCAGCGACAAACGCUCUUGACGGUUUCCCCGGGAUCGCGGACAAACACCUGGCCUCCAUUUACUCCGUGGCCUCCAACCACACGGGAGAGGGGCUGCCGGUGUCCGUUUCAGUGGCGCCGUCUCUGGGCGUUCCGCUGGAUCCAAGGGCCUACGGCGGCCUGCUGCACCACGGCCUACUGCACAGAGAGCUGCUGAGCAGGCUGGGCCAGUUUGCAGCAGGAAUGAGGCACGAGGGCCAGACUCAAGGCCAGCAGUGCUGUGGUGAAUGUGGCCUCCAGCUGCAUAGCAGACAGGCUGUGGAGCAGCACAGGAGGCUUCAUAAUGAGGAGAAGGGCAACAGCUGUGAAUACUGUGGCAAGCACUUCCAGGACAGCAUGCGGCUCAGGAUGCACAUGCUGUCUCACGCAGCUCCUGCAGAAGCGUUGGUGUGCGAUCAGUGCGGAGCAACGUUCUCCUCAGAGGACGCCCUGGAGGCCCACAGGCAAACACACACAGGGACCGACAUGGCGGUGUUCUGUCUGCUGUGUGCGAAGCGCUUCCAGACCCAGAAGGCCCUGCAGCAGCACAUGGAGGUCCACGCAGGGAUGCACAGCUACAUCUGCAGCCACUGUGAGCGCCCCUUCCCCAGCCACACCACCCUCAAAAGACACUUGCGCUCCCACACGGGCGAUCACCCGUUUGAGUGUGAAUUCUGCGGGAGCUGCUUCAGAGACGACGGCACGCUCAGGGGCCACAAACGCAUCCACACCGGGGAGAAGCCCUACGAGUGCAACGGCUGCGGCAAGAGGUUCAGCCUGAAACACCAGCUGGAGACGCACUACCGGGUUCACACAGGUGAGAAGCCAUUUGAGUGUAAGCUUUGCCACCAGCGCUCCAGAGACUACUCGGCCAUGAUCAAGCACCUGCGUACGCACAACGGAGCUUCUCCGUACCAGUGCACUAUCUGCCAGGACUUCUGCCCGAGCCUGGCCGCCAUGCAGAAGCACAUGAAGGGCCACAAGCCUGAGGACGUGCCGACCGACUGGAGGAUAGAGAAGACGUACCUGUACGUCUGCUACGUCUGAGCAGGACUCGGACGCCAGGCGCAAAAACCGUCACGACUGGGUGAAAACUGGGGCUUCUGGUUUUAAUGCUGAACCAUUAAAGAGUAUUCUGCUGUUUUAGGACAAAGUGUCCCAUAGAGAAAGAAGAAUAGUUUUUUUGGGGGAGUGGGGGUUGUUUUGUAACCCGACGGCGAGACGUGCAAAGCAGGAUUACAGAAGUGUUUACAGAGUAAAGCUGCAGCUAAUGAUUACUUUUAUUAGCAGUCGAAUAAUUCCGAAAAUGAAGAAUGCUGUAAAGUAGAGGCAACUUAGCAAUGACAUUCUAAAAUAAAUGAGAGAGUCAAAUCCAAAGAGAUUUACUUAGCCUUUCUCCAAAUCUCAAACUCUGACAUUUCGAGGAGCAGGGAACGCGGUUGACCUUGUAACAGUUAAAGAAAUUAAUUAGAAAAGCUGCUGACAGAUUCCUGAGGAUUUAACUGUUCGAGUCCUCAAACACAAAAACACACGUUUAGACAUCAUCUCUUGAGAAUCUGUUGUGGUGAAAAACAUCAACGGCACAGUGACUGACUGCUGACCUGCAUGUGCAGCAGCAGGAUUUGAGCGACUGUCAUCUUCAGCUGUGCCGCAGAUGUUAAAAAUAUACCCUUAAAAGCUCCAUUUGCUAAACUUUGCAACUUCUCUCUCCUAAUUUCCUCUGACUUAGCUUUGUUUCCCUGCUGGGUUUUCAGUUUGGAGUCAAGUUUUUUUUUUCUGCAUGUUUUUUUUUUUUUUUCUUUACUUGAACGGCUGACCUCAUGAGCUCGAUCUCUUUAAUUGCCUUGUCUUCUCAUGCAGUCAGCGUUGAUUUGGAGGCGACUCGCUCGCAAAUCUGAGUUGCUUCCUUGAAAGGUUUUAUGCUAUUUAUAUGUAGUUUAUGUGUUACCAAAUAUAUGUGCUGGUUUUCAUCACGUGGUCUGUGUUUGUAGGGAGGUUUCCUCGUGGAGCGAGCUCUACCUCCUCACUAGAGACGCACCGAGAGACUGGCACCGGGCAAAUUUCAGCUGGAUUGGCCCUGACCAGUGAUGGUCCGCAUAAAGUUAAACCAUCUGCAGAACGGGUUGCUAUAGCAGCAACAACCUUCACAGUAGAUGCUGUUAUGAAGGGAAGAAGCAUUAAAGUUAGCUAUUUCCAGCGUUAGUGAAGUGACUAAGAAUAAAAUCAGGGGAGGCAGAGAGAUGUAAGAAGCUACUUGAAAGGAAACUAUUUAACAAUCUGUUGCAACAAAGUGAGAGAGAGCAAGACUUGAAGCAGAUAACAGUAAGGUUGAACAGAGAACAGCAAAUUUACUUCUUCUUGCAUUUUCUGUUUUAAUUAUCCAUUCUUGUAAAGUAGUGAGUAACAAAUCUAUAAAACAUACAUUUUAAUAUAUACACAUUUUUUUAUGUGUACAACUAGCACAAAACAUUUUCUGUCAAUUUCUCUUGGGGCCUCCAGACCAGCAGGGGUCCCCUUGGCAAUUGCUAAGUGUGCUUCUUUGACCGUCCCUUGUAUUACAGAACAAAAAUCCUCUUAUUAUGUCGUAUCUCACCCAUUGGGUGGCAAAGCAGCCAUAAGUUCUUUUGUUGGAAACAAAAUCUUCUAAGUUGGAAACUUUACAUUGCAUGAAUGUAACUUAACAUAUCCGAUGAUAAAUGCAAACAUUUUGUUUCAUCACAGGUAUCCAUGUUGUACUUGUGAGUUAAAAACUAAAAAACAAACACCUGAGAAUAUUAUGAACACAUUCCAAGAAUAUGGUUUCAAUAGUCUUGGACAGUAUGCUCCAGUGCAGCCUCGAUAGUCCAGGGUCAAGGGAAUAAUCAGAGCAUGUGAUGGAGAACUGCAGAGUGCAUGUCAGGGUCACGGCUCUGGUUCCCCUGUAGUCCUACUACGUGCACUGAAUUGGUAAAUAGCACAGAUACACCGAAAUGUACUCACAAUUUAAUUUUUUUUUUUGUCAAAAUAAAGCUAAAAUAUAUUCCCCCCCCCCCAACUACUUUAAAAUUUUCUUUCAAAAGGUCGACCUUUUGUAUUUUGAAUUUCAGAAUUAUUCAUGUCCGUUCCCAUGAAAAUCCUGUUAUGUUCCGUAGAAACUUUCCAACUAAGAACAUUUCUGGAAAUCUGCUACCCUGCUCUCAGACACACCCAUCACCACCCCACACACACACACACACACCGCGAGGUCACCUUUGCUCCUAAUAUAUAAACAAUACAUGACCUUGCAUGGCAAGAAGGCUAAAAAAAAAUCAUUCUGAAUAUUCUUUUUUCUUUUAAGUUCUUAAAGAGAAAUUAAAAUCAGUCGAACUCUGCAUCAGGAAAACUCUGCAAAGCUUUACAAAAGAAAACAAAAAAACAGAUGGGUUACUGGUGGCACAAUUCCAAUCGGUGCGUCUCUAUCGCUUACUGGGUAUUAAUUUUCACUGCAAAUUAUUUUUUAGCAAGAUUCAUUUUAAAAAAAAAAAAAAAAAACAAUUUCCACGGUCAAACAGUGUGUAAAAAAAAAUCGUGACAAGCCUCUGCAAGGCUUUUUAAGUGUUUAUUUUUUAAAUCAUCGCUUCUAUAUAGAUGUCUUAUAAAAAUCACAGAAUCAGAAUUUUCUAUUAGAAAAGAAAAAAAAAAACCAUGAAAAUAAGUUGUGUUUUUAUAAAACAUGAGCAGAAAAUUCUGACAUCCAACUCCUAAGAGGUGCAGGUUGUGGUUGGUCGUAGUGUAGCCGUAAACGUACUGUCAUGGUAUGUGAUUCCCCCUGUGUGAGCCCGACGCCGUCUCUUUAGAUUUGAACAUGUCGUAUUUUUUGUAUUACGGUAAUUUGCCAUUUGUUUACAUUCGGUAUGAUUCGAGAGACAUCUUAAUGUUUGUGCGUGUGUUUCGUUGGGAUUUUGUUUGUUUAGUUUUUUUCGUACGAGUUUGAUUAAAGACCCCUCCCUCGUGCCUCUUUUAUAAGUAGAGCAUAAAUGUGCUUGAGUACAUGGGUCUGUGCUGUCGGUAGGUGUUUUCUGGGUGUUUGUUUAUUGUUACUAAAACUAAAGAUAGACUGCCAUGUAGAUCCACUUUGUCUGAACAUUGCAAAUGGAAGCAACAUACUGUGAUAGUGGCUGAUAAUCUGAUGCAAGGCCUGGGCAACUUUUUAUGGGGGGGGGGGGGGGGAGAAAAAGGAAAGUGGCGCGGCUCGUCUGAAACCGUUCCCUUCAGAGCGACAAUGGACUGACAUCUCUGGACGAUGAGCGAAAUCUUGGCAUCUGUAGGCAUUACCGACGCCUCUCCAAGUAGCCAACAACACUCGGUGCCAUGAAAACCCACAGUCACUGUAUCUAUUCUACAUGAACAUGCACUAUAAAUGGAUUUCCUCGGUGGACCAAAAGAAAUAGAGCACUUUUGUUUGAAAAGGGUUUUUUGUUUUGUUUUUUUCUUUGAUCUUCGUAUGUCGUGAUAAUGCAGCUGUCUUUUAUUUGAUGUGUCCUAGAAGGAUGUGAUUAGCAUUGUUUAGAUUAUGUCACUGUCUGUCUACCUCAGGACCAGAUCAAAGCUCGAGCUGGUAUCCAAUCAGGGUUGUUCUUCUUGCCAUGUGUGCAGUAAAAAAAAAAAAAGAAAAACGAAAAGAAAAAAAUAAUGGGGAAAAAAAAAAAAUCUGAAAAUUCCCUCUUCAUUACAGCUUUGUAACACAGUGUGUGCAAAUGUUUUCUCAGUGUGGAUUCAGGCACAACUCUGUGUGCGUCAGUGUUCAGUGGCAUGGUUUAAAAAAAGAAUAAAACGAUUUACUAUUUUAUGCA